UGCCCUUCUCACCCUGCCAGGCUGCAGAACGACGCCCACAUCUCGCUUCAGCUCAUCCCAUCUUCCCAUGGGACAGGGAAGAGAAAUGGCUGCAGUGGAGCCAGCUCAGGGGCCGGUGACCUUCGAGGAGGUGGCUGUGCAUUUCAUCAGGGAAGAGUGGCCUCUGCUGGCCCCCACUCAGAGAGACCUCUACAGGGAUGUCAUGCAGGAGAACUAUGAGAAUGUGACCUCACUGGGGUUUCCAGUUUCCAAACCCUCUGUGAUCUCCCAGCUGGAAGGAGGGGAAGAGCCGUGGGUCCUGGAUCUCCAGGGUUCAGAGGAAAGCGAGAUCCUGAGAAGUCCCUGCGCAGCAGGUGAUGCAAUGGUAUGUGAGAAAGAGAAGCAGAAUUCUCAGCAGGAAAAUGUUGAGCAAGUGGAUAAACACAGAGCAUUAUCGCAAAGAUCAAAAAGCAAUGUGAACAGGAGUCAUGAGCAGGGACAAUCCUGUGAGAUUCAGCAUAAAUCAGAAAGAGAGCACGGAAACCAUCCAGGGGUGAAAGUGGGUAACUUAAUUUCAUGUGAAGGAACUCAGAAGGACUUCAAGGAAACCACAACCCAGCAGGAAAUCCUCAUGGGAAAGAGAAAAAAUACAUGCACUGAGUGUGGGAAAAACUUAUGUGACUACUCAGCCCAGAUAAAGCAUCAGAGAAUCCACACAAGAGAGAGACCCCAUGAAUGCAGUGACUGUGGAAAAUGCUUCACUAAGAGCUCGUCCCUUUCUGAACAUCAGAGAAUCCACACAGGGGAGAGGCCCUAUGAAUGCAGUGAGUGUGGGAAAAACUUCUCUCAUAGCUCAGCCUUUUCUGAACAUCAGAAUAUCCACACUGGUGUGAGACCCUAUGAAUGCAGUGAGUGUGGGAAAAGCUUCAGUCGCAGCUCGCACCUUAUUACGCAUCAGACAAUCCACACAGGAGAGAGACCCUAUAAAUGCAGUGAGUGUGGGAAAAGCUUCAUUAGCGGUUCAGCCCUUUCUGAACAUCAGAGAAUUCACACGGGGGAAAGGCCCUAUGAAUGCCAUGAGUGUGGGAAAACCUUCACUUGGCACUCAACUCAUGUUAGGCAUCAGAGAAUCUGCAAGGGAGAUCAACGCCAUAAAAACCUCUAGGGCUAUCAAUACUUUUUUUUCUUUAAUACUUUUCCUGAUUCCCACAGAGUAACUUUUAAAGCUGUUUGAACUGUUUGCAGCACCGUUAUCUCUCAGCUUGUCUAGAUGAAUGGCCCAUUUUUGCCUUUUGCCGUUCACCCUGUUUUGAAGUUGACCCAUUUGUCCUUUCUAUCAACUCCAUUGUCCCAUGAGUAAUUCGAGUGUGCCCUUCCUAUCAGGAACCAGGGAACAUCACCUUUAUACCAUUCCUCCUAUUGCAAAGUUAUUGUUAGUCACCAAUGAUACAAUCUGUAUCAUUGCCAGUUGUUCGCACGUUGCUCUGGGUUGUGCUGAAGAGCAGUUAUAUUGGGAUCUUUUCU